CAAUUAGUUACUGGAGAGGAAACCAAGAUCAGUUCCUCCCUAUAAGAGUCUGAUGAUAGUGUUUUCCUUGGAGUUUUGCCCACAUGUCCAAUCACAAGGCAGACCAAACCAUUCCUCUCCCUCUCCCCAUCACAUGCUGUUCCUGCUCUCACUAGUUUACCACGAUAAUUUUGGCCUGAAACUUCACGGCUAUUCCAUUCCGUUCAUUCAUUCGCAGCGUUUCGCGAUCCCUGGACAGCUCGAUUCUGGAGGAAUAGUUUAAUCGAAUCCGUUGCAUGAAUGCUCCAGAAUUGUCGCUUAUUUGCGUGGCUCCAUUAUUGGCAACGAAUCCGACCAAAGGUUGGGCCUGCUUUGAACUCGUCGUGCGCGUCUGUUAGGAUACCACAUGGAGUAGCAGCCUACCAAGAAACAGAGCCUUCUUCUCCGCACUGCCUCUCCUUGCCUCACGGAUUGAGAUCAGUUGCCGGGGCAUGGUGGAUGAUCGCUGUGUGUGGCUAGCUGCCAAGACGGCACCUCUCCGGCUUCAAGCGCCUCCGGCUCUCCCCCGUUCACUCUGGCCUUCCCCGCGCCACCGCCGCCUCGCAGCUUGAGCGAGGAGCAUGCGAGUUUGCCCUCUUCCGUCUUCCCCGUCGUCGUCCUCGCGAUCGCCGCGUCGCUGCUGCGGAGGGCGUCUCCCGUAGAUAACGGCUAAGUGCUGUUCCUGAUUCCGUCCUUGAACGCCAGCACACGUGCGCAACAAGGGAUGGCCAAGAUGAGCUGCUUCCCCACUCUGCUCGCCGCCGGCAGGAAGAAGAAGAAGAGCCACAAGAUCGCCGCCGCCAAGAUGGUCAGCGGAAACGAGUGCCCCAAGGUGAAGCCGGUCGAGUUCAUCGAUGCCCCAGUUGCUCCCGGCGCCGGGGAAUUCGAGAACAAGGUCGCCGCCGCCGCGGACAUGGUUCCCGUGGCUUCCCACGAACGAGGUGAUCAAUUCGUCGCCGCCAAGGCGCCGGCUAAGGGGGGCGAUCUGUCAGAUUUCGAAUUCGACUUCCACGCGCCCAGCAAGCCAGACGGCGACGGCGCGGAGAAGCGAGCCACCGACACGGCAGCGGGCGACGCGGCGGACCCGUCGCCCAAGCUGAAGCGGUCCUGCUCCAACAUCGAGACCAAGCGGCCCGGCCCACGCGAAGCGCCGGAGAUGCCGGCGCGGUCGCGCUCCUACGGCGAUCUGGGGAACCUGAUCGGUGGCCUCGCCCUGGACGCGUCGGCAACUCCGCACGGCGCGCCGGAGGCGAGCCCGGCAUCGGUCAAGACGUCGCGCACGGCCGACCGCGUCAUGCUCAAGAAGCGGUCGUCCAGCCAGGUGCUGCCGUCGCGCAGCCGGAAGCUCUGGUGGCGGCUCUUCCUCUGGAGCCACCGCAACCUGCACCGGCCGGGGUCGGCGCGCCCGGCCGCGGCGUGCUCUCCGGGUCGCCACGGAGGAUACACCUCGGACACGCUCGAGGAGGGCCCGGCCGCAGACCGCAAGAAGAAGAAGGUCAUGGUUGACGACUCGCCGUCGCCGCCGCCGUUCGCCUCGAACCAUUGGGUCGCCUUCUGCGCCGAGAACUCCCUCCACGACCGCGUCAGCGCCUGGGUGUGCAGCAUCGAGAACGAGCCUCCGUUCCACAUCGCCGAGGAGGACGAAAACUACGACGGAGAGGACAACACGGAUGACGCCGGCGAUGAGCACGGCGAGUGCGCGGCGCGCCCGCGCCCCGUCGAGCUCGGGGAGUCAUCUUCGGGGAAGAACCACGGCAAGUCCAAGCGCUGCGCGGCGGGCGACGAGGUCGUCCAGGCCAACACCAUCGUGCAGUCCCUGAACGCCUUCUCGUCGGUGGCGCACAUAUCUGGGAUGGGGCUCAAGGUCAUGCCAAUGAUCGCGCCGUUCUCGAGCCUCCGAGCCGUCAACCUCUCCAGCAACUUCAUCGUUCAUAUCUCCCCAGGAUCGCUGCCGAAGGGCCUGCACUCGCUCGAUCUAUCGAGGAAUAAGAUUGCAAACAUCGAGGGGCUCCGGGAGCUGACGAAGCUGCGCGUGCUGAAUCUCAGCUACAACCGGAUUUCGCGCAUCGGGCACGGGCUGUCGAACUGCACGGCGAUCCGGGAGCUGUACCUGGCGGGUAACAAGAUCAGCGACGUGGAGGGCCUCCACCGGCUGCUGAAGCUGGCGGUGCUGGACCUGAGCUUCAACAAGAUCACGACGGCCAAGGCGCUGGGCCAGCUGGUGGCCAACUACCACUCCCUCCUGGCGCUCAACCUGGUGGGCAACCCGGUGCAGGCCAACGUCGGCGACGACGCGCUGCGCCGGGCCGUGACGGGCCUCCUCCCGAGCCUGGCCUACCUGAACAAGCAGCCCGUGAAGCCGCAGCGCAGCGCGCGGGAGGCGGCCACGGACAGCGUCGCGCGCGCCGCGCUCGGCGGGUCGGGCUCCGGCAACCGGAGCCUGCGGAAGAGGCCGUCGCGGCGGCUCACCCAGAGCCCCCGGUCGUCGUCGCUGACGAGGGGCCGCAGCGGCGGCGGGGACGGCAGCGUGAGGAGCAGGUCCAAGGGAAGGCACCACGGCUGAGGCAGGACGAGGAUCGGAGGAGCUGAUGAAACGAAAAUGAAUUGCUGCGUGUGACGUUUUGUGCAUGCCUGCCUGCCCGGAUUUCGCAGAGCUGCGAUGGGACUAUUGAUCUGAAUUACUACGGGCUUGAUGAUGGAUUGUUUGUAGAUGCAAAAGUGCGAUUUAAGAUGAUGAUGCCAGCGUUGCGCAAAUUCUCGGAUGAUUAA